AUGAGUGGAAGUGGAAUUAAUGUGGAAGAAAAUCUUAAUAGGUUGGAUGAAUUUCAUAUUUCUGCUCAUUUACAUGUUAAGCCGGCACGUGUCUUGACUCCACAUGGCACGCUGGUCGAUGUUUUCUCUGUAGACGAAGCAGAUCCGAGUAUGGAGAUUAGGAGGCAGAUGCUGGAGCCGUAUCUAAGAAGAGCCGGCUUCUAUUAUGCAUCUCUGAUAAAGCGUUUUGAGUACGACAACCCAAUGAUUAGCGCUCUUGUGGAGAGAUGGCGUCCUGAGACCCAUAAAUUCCACCUCCCAUGGGGUGAGUGUACUAUGGGAUUACCAAUCGACGGUGAACCGGUCAGCGGCACUUUGAGGUCAUGGAGUAAGUUCCACCAGAGAGAUAUUUGGCAAUGGUGUGAGGAACUCCUUGGAGAAGUUCCUGACGGACAUGUUGGGACCACGAAGUAUAACAUAAAACUGAAGUGGCUCAGGAGUAGACUGCAACAGAUGCCUCUUGACUCUCCCAAGGAGGCCCUCGUACGGUAUGCACGUUGUUAUAUUAUGUAUUUAUUGGGUGGCGUUCUACUUCCUGACAAAGCGAACAACACGGUUCACGUUCGUUAUCUUCCUCUCCUGCCAAACUAUGAAGCCAUUAGUACAUAUAGUUGGGGUAGUGCCGUGCUCUGUUGGUUGUAUAGAGGCAUGUGCCUAGCGACUGAUUAUAACAUCGAGGGAAUGUCUGGUUGUCAUACACUGUUGAUGUCUUGGAUAUACUUCAGGCUUCCUUUCUGGGCACCGGACGUGACGAGCCCAUACACGUUUCCGUUAGCUACAACGUGGGCAGGCAAGAGAGGAAAGAAUGACUACGCCGAGCAACGCUUACAAAGGCACCGGCUUAGGUUGGACAAUUUGAAGGUGGAUGAGUUUGUGUGGAUGCCGUACAGGGAAGCACGUAUUUUGUCGAGGGUGCCUGGGGAUUUUCUUGGUGCUCCGCAUGGGAAUUUCUAUACAGCUGUCGUGCCACUUAUUCUGUUCCGCUGGAUCGAGAUUGUUAACAUCGAUAGAGCCAUGCGGCAAUUUGGCGACAAACAAGGUCCACCGAACCCUCCAUUAAACAUAGACACCUUCCAUCGCCAGUCGGAUCGCAACGACGAUGGAUGGUGGCCCAUCCGCCUGCAGACAUGGUUUGAAGUAUGGGCAAACAGACGGACUGUAUCAUAUCGGCUAGAGAUUGAUAGGGCAGAUACCUUGCAUCCCAGUCAUGAUUAUUACAGGUGGUAUUGCUCGAGAACAAAGGUUUCUUUCACCCCCGGAGGCCUUCCAUAA